UUUCCGUUUCCUUUUACAAGUUAGUUUUUGGCCUGAAGAGGUUGCUGGGUACUCUAGUCGACCGUUUCGAAGCAAGGUUCACACACUCAUAGCAGAAGCAACAAAACCUUAAACUCAUGUCGUAAAGUCCCUUUUCACUUUCCAUUCAAACACACACAAACACUUCGCAGGGUGGAACCAAGAUAAACAAAUGUUGAGGGCCAAGUUGGUUCGUUCGGGAAAUGAUACUCUGCGAAUCGCAGCUUUCUUCUUCAAGAACCUCAAGAGAGCUCAAAUCCUUCACACUGACAUUUCCUCUACAGUUGACAAGAUUUUGCAAGAUGAAGUGAAUGUUGUAUCAUAUGGAGUACUGGGCUAUCUUCUUCUUGGUGUUGUCAGAAUAUACUCAAAAAAGGUUGAAUAUGUUCUCCAUGAUUGCGAGGUGCUCAUUAAAAUCAAUAAAUUUGUGAUCAACACAGAAGACAUUACACAUGUGGAAACCUUGCGUAUGUCUAUUACUAUACCAGACAAAUUAGAGUUGGAUGCUUUUGAGUUGGAUAUACCUGAAGAUGCUGUCGGAGACCAUAUUGCUGCUCCGGAAGAAAUUACUCUUAAAGAGGUUGUGUCUAGAACUGAGGGAUUUGGGCUAUUGUCUCAUGAGAAGUUUGAGGAGUUUGAUUUUGGAGAAAGUACCUGCACUUUUGAUCACCAUAUAGUGGAAAAUGUUCGUCUAUCUCAAAUGUUGAUGGAAAUUGAAGUUUUUCCACAGAAGAGUCCGAUUGGUUUACUGGAAAGCAGGGAUACAUGUCAAAGUAGCAUAUUUUCUCCAAAUGAAGUAACAAACUUUGACAAUAGUUCACUAAUAGCAGGAGUAGAAAAAGAAUCAGCCAAUUUGUUGGGUCAAAAUCAACAAAUUAUUGAAGAUCGGUCAAUUAAACACAUUGUACCAUGUGAAGAUGAAAUACAGGAAGAAAGUAGUAGAAUCUCUCAAGAGGGACCUAUGGAUAACAAUAUGUUUUCCAUGAGAGAGAAGGAACACGUGUUAUUUGUUGAAGCAUUUAAUGAGUCUCAUCAAGUUGACAUUGAUCAGAAUUCCAACAAGGAAACAUCAAGCUCAUUAUGCAAAAUGAAUCAGGAAAUUAUUGGAGUUCAUGAAGCAAGAUGUUUACAAGAAAGUAUUGAAAAGCCUCAAAAUGAAAAAUCCUAUGAAAAAGAAUGUGUGCGCCAUGGCAAUUCAUUUGUUGACAAGGAGAUCCCUGAAGAACACAUUGAAGGGUCUGUUGAAAAACAUGAUAACAAAGGCAAAUUAGUGUUUCAAGAACAGGUUUCACUAGAAGAUGAAAGGCUUAGUGUUAUUUCACCAAAGUCAAUAAAUCUUGAUGCAACUCCUCAAUCCAAGUUUAAUGUUGAUUCAGUUGGAAGACCAAAACGAGGUGCUACUUUAUCAGACUCAAUGCUUAUUUCUACACCAGCUGUGAGAGAGCGUCCUCACUUUUCAAGGAAAAGAAAAGUUGUGUUAUAUAAUAAAAGGGUUGUCCUAUCUAAUGAGGUACUUAAAGAGAAUAUACGUGAUGCAAGUAGCUUAGUUUCUGACCGAAGAAAAUCCCAUCGUACUGUACAUACUGUGCUGAGAGAAUCUCUCAUUGCCAGUCUUCCUAAUAGAUUCUAUGAGCCAUUGCAUCCUUGUUCCUCAAAUCUUCAACUCCUAUUCUCUAAAAAGGAAAUGAAAAUACCAGAUUCCCUUCGGAUUAUGGAAACUUUAGGGAACUUAGAUGUGUCAGAAUCUCAAACUGUUGGCAGUCCACAGCCAAUAGCAAAUAUUCUACCAACCCCUUGCCACCACUGCCCAGAUAUAUCUGAAUCUCAGGCUUCUGGCAGUCCAGAGCAUAUAGCAGCUUCUAGUCCUCAUGAAAACAUAGAGACGGAGCAAUCUUUGGAAAGGAAUGAAGUGUUUAAUCUGAUGGAUGAGGAGAUAAAUUCAAGUGUUAUAGAGAAUUCAGAAUUAUGUGGGUGGUCUGGUCGUACCAGGAAAGUUGCAAGUUACUUGCAUCAAAGUUUUCUACAUUCAAAGAAACACAGAGAGGAGGAUGUUGUAAACUUUUCACAAGUUUUUGGAGGCCAAAUGCGGAAAGAAUCUGCAAAGCUAUUUUAUGAAAUACUGGUUUUGAAAAGUACAGGCUAUGUAGAUGUGGAGCAAAAGGAAGCUUAUGGUGAUAUUGCAAUCUUUAAGCUCCCAAAAUUAGACCAAACUUUUUGAUUUGAUAGUCUAUUAAAUUAACUGACAUAGGUAGAUAUCAAAGGUGAUAUAGAAAUAGAAAAUUGGUAGGAUUUGGUAGGAUUCUUGUAGAUUUAUUUGUAGUAGUUUUUUCAUUGUAGAAUUAUUCUUAUAACUGUACAGCAUUUUACCUGUCCUUUUUCAUGUUAGCAACAUUCUGCCAAAUUUGUGGAUUUCUGCCACAAGUUCCUUUGUACAGGGCAGAGUUAGAAACUUUAAUAUGCAAGUGAUGGUAAAGUCAGAACUUCUAAUUUCUCGCAUUCGGCAAAUGA